AUGGCAGCAUCUGGCAAAGGGGACGCCGGGGGAGCACCCUCCAAACGCAAAGCCGAAGAGAAUCCCGUUGAUGGGCAGCCGCAAGCCCUAUCCUUGGACCUCAUCCGGGAAGCCAUACGUGGUGAGAUCAAGGAAGCUGUGGGGGAAUUCCGGCACGACAUGCAAACGGUGACUCGACGUGUGGACUAUGUGGAGUCACAGGUCACACAGAAGAUGCAGCAGACCCUGAACAUGCUCGACGAGAUGCAAAAUCGUGGCCAGAAACACGACGAGAUUCUGGAGCAGCUGCAGGAAGCCAAUCGCGAGUUCCACCACCGGAUCUCAAACCUGGAAAAAGGUGGGGGAAGCGCCAUUGGGUCCACUGACUCCACCUCUGCACCUACGUGGGGGGAAGCCAAGCCACCGGCUCUGGUGAUCGGGGGAUGGGACGCAGAUCAAGACGCCGCGACCACCAAGGAGGAGGCCGAGAACAUCCUUCGCAGUGUGGAUGCACCCAUCCCGGCACAAGGGCUUUUUGUCCCUGGAGUCCGUCGGGGAUAUGCAAUCUUGCCUGUCGAUGAACGUAUCGGGGAGACCUGGGAGCGACGUAAGACGCGGAUCCAGGACACCAUCAACAAAGUGCGUGCGGCCAACGUGCAACUGGGACAACGACCGGACGGCACUUCCCGCAAAGUUUGGAUUGCGCUAUCCCAGCCGCCGGAGAAGAGGCGUCGUGCACGCCUGGCAGCAAAAGUGAAACGUUUAUACUUGAGCCUCGGAGGGGAGAAGAGCAUCCUUCAGAUGGAGUAUGGCAGUGGUAGCGCCUGGAUCAACGCCCAGAAAGUAUGCUCUGCUACGGCACCACAGCCGCCGAACACAUUGGAAGCGGGACCAGGUUGGGUGGACCUGGACUGCAUUGCCCGAGCAGUGGGGAGAAGCAAGACGGCGGUGGAGAAGGAAUGGACUCCGCUGGCGGCGGAGAUACACUGA